AUGUCGGCUUCAUUUUAUACUCCAUUGAAAGAGAGCGAAAUACGAGUUCUCGAGAUAUUACCAUCCGAAGAUUUCUCCGAGACCAUCAACACUACCUGUCGCAUUAUCUUUCUGGCAUCUGAUACUUCUACUGAGGCCUAUGUUGCAUUGUCAUAUACAUGGGGAGUGCCUAAUAAUACUUCCUACAUCCGCGUCAAUGGUUACGAACAUAAAGUCACUCCCAAUUUAGAGUCAGCUUUACGGCAUCUAAGAGGCGACAAGAACAAGAUUGUUAUUUGGGUGGAUGCUGUUUGCAUCAAUCAGAAUGACAUUCCCGAGGGAGAUAGACAACUACAAAUGAUGGCGGACGUCUACAAGAAAGCUGAAAUGGGGCUUUCGUGGUUAGGGGAGGAGUCUGAUGAUAGCUCUUUGGCGCUCAGAAUGAUCCAAAUAUGGGCCUCAUUUUCGAUGGAUAAGCAGUUACUAGAUUGCCGCCUACGCGAAUUCUUCGAAAGCAAAUUAGAAGAUGAAAUACUCAUGCCAAAAUCUAUCACCGCUCUUAACAAUCUACUACGCAGACCAUAUUGGAAGCGAGUCUGGAUACAGCAAGAAGUUGCCCUACCUCCCAUAGUUACGAUGCAAUGUGGGCAUGAAUGUCUAUCAUUUGAUGUAUUGAGUGAUUUUACUUGCACAAUAUCAAUAAUUCGACUUAUUUGCUGGAUGUCUAGCUAUAAUUGGCUUAAUCCUGACUUGAUGCCUAAGGAGAUGGAUUUCGCACCAUUGUUUAAUUUGUACAUUUGCCGAAAAUCAAAAUUGGUUGAUUGUACGAGAGACAAAACUUCAUCAUUAUUGAUUAAUCUUUCGUUAUCUCCAAUCCUCAAAAGCACUGAUCCGAGGGAUCACAUUUACGCACUUCUUGGACUUCCUCGUCUCGAAAAGUAUCGAUCGCUUCUUAGCCCAAGCUAUAACAAGUCAGUUUCACAGGUGUUUUCUGAAGCUGCCCGUAUCAUGAUUGAGGAGGAGAACAGUCUGCAGCCUAUAGCUAUCGCUUGCAGCUUAUACCGCCCGGACGUUUCACUGCCAUCUUGGGUGCCUGACUGGGCAGCUCUUAGACACAGAUCCGCUCGUAGCAGACUUGGGGGGGAAAUUCUUGGCCCUGUAGCUAACUUAUCUGAUUUCGUCAGUUUUUCAGCGGAUGGACAAAUUCUAUCAGUCACUGGUCUUUUACACGAUGAAGUGUCUUUUUUGAAGGGAUGUUUUACCACUACAUCAAUGAUGAGUCACGGCGAGUGGAAAGUUUUAUCUGAUCUCAAAGAUAAUUCGUUACCAAAUGGUCUCCCGGUCUUAGAGGCUGUAUUUCGUAUUUUCGUGGGAAUAAAUGCCAACGCUACCCUUGAUUCUUAUCGGAGAGAAAACAACUCAAAGUUUACCUUCGAAGCUACAACCUUUGCGGCGAUAAUGUGCGACGGAACAAAUCUGAUGAGUAUGCUUCAGAUCCUUCUCGGUCAAGAUUUACCCAAACCCCCAGAAAUUGAUCAAUUUAACGUAGCACCAGCCUUCGAGAAAUUUUUACAGCUAUCUGGCCGAAUGUUUUUCGUGACAAAGAAUGGGACACUAGGGGCCGGGCCUCCUGAUUUGAUUCCAGGGGACAAAAUAUUCCAUUUGAUCGGGUGGCCUGAAGAUUUUAUCCUACGAAAGGUCAACGAACAUUAUCGCCUGAUCGGGGAUACCCGGAUUGCUCGGGCAGAACUUCCUCCAUAUUCUGAUGGUGGUUAUGAGACUGUUGAGAUUCACUGA